AUGAAUUGUGGAAAUAAGGAAAAUAUCAGUAGCACUUAAUCUUAAAAAUAAGAUGCUAUUAAUUAGCUUUUAAUGAAGCAUAAUUUCAAGAUUUAAGAGUAGUAAAAUAACAGUUCAGCUUUGAACAAUUCCACUCUAGAUAAUAAACAAAUUCCUUUUCUUUAGAAGGUAAACUCAUAGUAAUCUAGUACAUCAAAAUAAAGUGUUUCAAUGCAAAGCCCAGUUUAAGAUUUAAAAACCAAAGGCCAAUAAAUAUUUUAAAGCGCUCAAUAAUAAAAUAAUUAAGCACAGUAGCUAAACAGUAGUGGAUCUUUAAGAUCUUCACAAAAUCUUUCUUGUUCUCGUUUAUCAAAAUCAUUCAGAUAAACAAUAAAUGUUGAUAAUUUAAUAAGUAUAUGCUCGAAAAAAUUAACUAUUGAUCCUAAGCAUAAAAAAGCUCUGUAUAUUAGAGCAUCCUCUUACAUGAAAAAAGGUUUAUUUGAGUAAGCAAUUAAUGAUACAAACACGCUUAUAUCUAUUGAUGAAUAUAACGUAGGAGCAUAUUAUAUAAGAGGCUGCGCCUAUGAAAAGCAAGGAGACAUAGAAAAGGGUAUUUAAGAUUUUAGCUUCGUUUUAGAAUUAGAUGCUUCACAUGUAAAUGCUGUUUUUGCUAGAGCUGCUUGCUAUAAUAAAUUGGGUGAUUUUAAUAAAGCUAUAGAAGAUUAUAAUAAAGCUUUAGAAUUAGAUUAAGAAAAAUAAUAAAUGAUGAGUUCUGGAAUGAAGAGAAACCGUAGAUUGCUAAGCUAGAAACUCUCUUAAAGCUAGAAUUUUUCUAAUCAAGGUUCUAGUUUUAAACAGAACCCUAUCAAUAUAAAUAAUGCUUAAAAUGAUAGUGGUAUUUAAUGCGUUUAAUUAAAUUAUGGAUAAAAUUUCAAUGAGAAUAGUAGUUGUUAAGUUUCUGGUAAAAAAUAAAUUGGUAAGUAGUAAUAUGGAUACCAUUUUGCUUAGAGUCAAAGUUAAUAAAAUAUUAAUUCAAAUGAAGAGGAUUUCAUUAAUCCUAAUGAGUCAAACAUAAAUUUUAUUCAUAUGGACUCUUCUCAAAUUAUUUCAAAUGGUUUAAGUGGGUAAAAGCAAAAAUAACACUAGUUUUCUGUUUAAAAAUCUUCUUAAUAGUAAGCAUAUUUGAAAGACUCUCCUUAACUCCCUUCUUCCCAUUCUAGAACAUUGAGCUCACAAGGAAGAUUCUCUAACUCUAAACUAAAUGCCGUUGUAAGCUAACCAUAGUAAUUAAUAACACCACAUAAUAUUUAAAAUAUGUAAAUUUCUCUUGAGAAUUAAAUAACUCCAAUGAGAAGAUAAAACUCUUCAAACUCUCUUCAUUCUACAGUUAGAUCAUCUACAAGAUUAGAAGAGCAACCAUCUUUCUAAUCAGACAUGUCUUUUAUUGCUAAUUCAAAUUAAGAACAAUAGCAACAAAAAUAUAAGGGCGAUACAAAAAAGUAAGCAGAGAAUCUUCAUUCACAAGGAUUUGAAAUGCGCAAAAAAGGAGAUUUCCAAAAAGCUAUUUAACUAUAUACCUAAGCUAUAGAGCUAAAUCCACGCCACUUUAAGGCUUUUUUCAACAGAGGUUUCGCUUAUGAUAAGUUAGAAAUGUAUGACUUAGCAAUAGCUGAUUACUCUUAAGCUUUAGAAAUAGACCCUAAUAAUGCUUAUGCUUAUUAUAAUAGAGGAAUAAGCUUAGAUCGUAAAAAUCUUUUCGAUGAUGCAAUAAGCAAUUUUACUAUGGCCAUUUCUCUUGAUGAUAAAAAGGCCGAUUUCUAUCACAAUAGAGCAUUUGCAUAUAGAAAAAAGAAAAACUAUGAAAUGGCAAUUAGUGACUAUACAAAGGCUAUUGAAAUAGAUAGUAAGCACUUCAAAGCUUAUUAUAACAGAGCAUUCUGCUUUGAUAAGAUUAAUAAUUUUGAAAGUGCUGAAAGUGAUUAUAAAUAAGCUUUGAUGCUUUAGCCUAAGAAUAUUAAUGUACUUUAUCAUUACGGAUGUCUCUUAGAGAAGAUUAACACUCCACAAUCAUUAGAAGAUGCCUUAAUUUGCUUUAAUGAAGCUCUUUCACUAGACUCAAGUUAUGCUCCAGCUUAUAACGCUAGAGGAUUAGUUUAUGAUAAACUAAAAAAUUAUGACUAAGCAUAUCAAGAUUUCUCGAAUGCUAUUAGUCUACACCAAAACAAUCCUGUAUUUAUUCAUAAUAGAGCUUGUUGUCUUAGAAAUAUGGGAAAACUUAAUGAAGCAAUUGAAGACUUUAAUGCUGCACUAUAAUUAGAUUCAACUAAUCCUAUCAUCUAUUCAAACAUUGGCUUGGUACACAGAAAGCUUGAAAAUUUUGAACACGCAAUAGAGUGCUACACAAAAGAAAUGGAAUACAGUACUGAAAAUGCUAGGACUAUUAACAAUAGGGCAUAUUGCUUUGCUAAACUUAAAAUUUAUAAAGAAGCAGUUGGUGAUUAUACAAGGGCAUUAGCACUUGAACCUAAAAACAUUCACGCUCUUCAUAAUAGAGGUAUAUGUUAUGAAAGAAUGGGGCUUUACAGAAAUGCCAUUGAAGAUUUUACUUCUGUUAUUUCUCAUAAUAAAGACAAUGCCAAUGCUUAUUUCAAUAGAGGCUGCUGUUAUGAUUCAAUUGGUGAGUUAGACCUUGCAAUAGCUGAUUACUCCACAGCAUUAGAAAUAGAUUCUAAAAGCUCACAUAAUAAUUAAAAUCAAAAGAAUUAACUUAAUUCAACUGAAAAAUAUUUAAAUAAUUAAUGA